GACAUUUCACGAGGGAUGCCUCGCGUGUCAUACCACCAUGAAAUGGAAUUCGAAACGUUCAGAAAUUAUCAAUCGAGUCUUCAGAGGUUAGCGUUGGAACCGCAAUUUUUUCAUCUACAGCAACAUUUUCUCAAAUUCUCCGAACCUUUGGAACUGACUACAACUGUACCGUUAGAUUUAAGUUUGAAGAGUCAUCAUAAUCAACCGAUUACCCCGCCUUGUACACCGUCUCCUGGAAGCAAAAAAAGCCGACAUUCACCUACACCCGAACUCCCUGUGAAGAAGCCGAAAGUAUCUGCAAGUGCCAACAAGAAAACCAAAGCUACCAGAAAACUAAACUUCGAAGAAGACAACACGUCUCCAGUUUCUGGAACGAUCAUAAGAGAACUUAGGCCCGAUGAAAACUUAGUUGUGAGGAAAGGCGACAUAGAUCCAGCCUUCAACGUCGUAGAAAUAACCGAAGAAGCCAAAGCCGAACUAGCCAAGAUUGAAAAUUUGAUUGGAGAUUAUGUUUGUCGUUUAUGUAGAGAACUGUAUGAAGAUGCUUUCGGAUUAGCGCAGCAUAGAUGUUCGAGGAUUGUUAAUAUCGAGUAUCGAUGUCCUGAGUGUGAUAAAGUUUUUAAUUGUCCGGCAAAUUUGGCGUCGCAUAGAAGGUGGCAUCGGCCGCGGCAGCCCAAGGAUACUAAACAGGACGAGCACAUUGAAGGAGAUUCAGAAUUAGAAGAUCAAUUCCAAUGUCCCGAAUGCGGAAAACGUUUUCGACGCAUCGCUUAUCUAAAGAAACACCAAUCUAUGCAUCAACUUGAAUGACAACGGCUUGUUCCCGUCAUCAGACCCAUCCCGAGAAUGCCGCCACGCCUUUGGAGGCCGCCGCCUCUGCCGCCUCCUGGGCCGAUCUGUAACAAUUCCGAACCGGCGACUGCUUCUCCUUCAUUUGAUACAAUAUGCGGUGUCGAAAGGUAUUUGCAAAACGUUUCUUGGAUCAACGGCUUCUGACGACAGCAAAGACCGGAUUAUUUGUAUAUGUUUUUGUAAAAAUAGGUAAGAAUUUUGUUUAAUGUGCCAGAAAUGUUCGUUUAAGAGAAAUAUGUUAUACAGGGUGUCUCUAAAAACAUUAAACAUGAUUCAACUGAGUAUACUGAGUUGAUUUUAAGCAAAUUAGAUUCUAAAAUGAUGUGGCGCGUUGACUUUUAUCUUCAACCGAACUACAUCGUGUGUAUCAAGCCAGGUUUCGUCUCAAUUCAUUGCCUUUCUGUCUUAAUACUUCGUGAUUUUCUUAGUAAAAUUAGUUGAGUAACAUCUUUAGUCGCUUUCAAUGAAUUUAAAUAGUUAAUAAUAGUUUUUAAAAUAUUGAUAGAUACCAGAUGUGUACGGAAAGUUAAUGAAUUGUUUGAAAAACGUGUAAAUUAUAAACUUUUAGGAACACUCUGUAUAAACAUCACUGAAUUUCGUUGCUAAUCAUUAUGAACUGUUAUUAUUGAAAGUAUGUUGAUUAUGAGUAUCAAUAUAAAUUUUACUGUCUAUUAAAUAGAUCAAAAUUUAUUAGAACAUUGCUUGGUUGAAUGAACAAAAUUAUUAUUGUGUAAAUAAUUAUUUAUAAUAUGAAAGUAAUUAUUGUACAUACAUUUUUUUAGAAUCAGAUUUCAAAUGAUCUCUAUUUAUAGUAUGUAAGUUUUAAAACGUGUUUUUCCUUUCGACAACUGUUAAGUGAGGAAAAGGAUUUGAAAAGCAUAUUUUCAAAAUUCUAAAACAUUUUAAGUUUUAGAUAGCUAUUCAUAAACAAUUUUAAACGCCAGAUUGGACAUUAGUUUCAGUACUUUUACUAUGAGCAUCGUUUUCCGCAUAAUAUGUUUACGUAAUCCAUCGAGCUCUUUCUUCUUCUGUGUCUUCAUGAUUUGUUCUUUUUGAUCUUACCUUCUUUUAACAACUGUUCAUUCAAUUCUUAGUUUUGAUUACUGAUGCAUGUUCUUGAAUAAUUGAAUAGCUAUUGCCAAAUAAAUUGGUUUUUUAAUUUAAAUUGUGAAAAUUAUCAUCCAAUAUUGAUAUAAUACUUUAGGAAUUAUAGAAUAUAAUUUCCUUUGACAACUACUUUUGACGGGUGUCACGUCAAUAUGUUAGGUUAGGUUGUCAUUUCAUAAACAAGAUGGACGACUGCGGAAACGUUUCCGACCCGGAAAGCGACAGGAUAAUGUAUAAUGAUGUUUCUGAUGUUUUAUUUUGGUAACUAGAUUCAUCGGUCCCUACUAUUUUCCCACACAAUCCUUGACGGAUAUCAAUACAUCAAUUAGAGAAAACAGGCAUCAUUAGAAUUUUCAUCAUGGAGCAGUCGAUUUCCGCGUAGUAGUUGCACAGCCAGUUUCACACCCCUCUGAGCGUUCACAGCGAAUUAUCUUAAGAAGAAACUGAGGACUAGAUGGGUAUAGUGAUAGCACAGGGAUAAAGCAACCGCCUUUCUCCUCCCAGCCGAAUUUGGUGGCUGGCAAUCCAUUCCCAAGCCAAUACUGAACCUGGAAAGAUAUGAAACGCUUGUAUAUAUAAUUGAAUGAUGAUUAUACGUACACGUAGCAAUAGGUGACUGAAGAUGAGAUCAAACUGACGAUGAAGGUUUCGCAUUCCCUUCUACUUAUGUCCCCAUCUCGUGGCAGUGCAACAUAACUUCAAGGCAUUUAUGUUCGGCAUCAUGUCAAUAUAAUGUUUUUAGUUGUUUUUCUUGAAAAUACGACGUACUCUUAUGAUGUUAGAUGUUGCAUACGACGUCAACUACACAAGACCAAAGAGAAAAAUGUGCCCGUUUGGCCGGGGCGAUUUACAAAAAUUUGGAAAGCGCUAUACACGUACCUGUCGCUUUUUGAAUCGGGAAGGCCCCCGCAGUCGUCCGUGAUAACCGACCAAAAGUAGUUUCAAAAUAAAUUGACUUAAAAUUAAGUUUUGUCGGUCUAGAAAAAAAAAAAAUUCUGUCGUCUAUACAAUAUUUUCCACCUAGUUGUGGUUUUUUAGAUAAAAUUCCUGGGCUAUAAUGAUACCUAUACAACGUAGUCAUGCAUAUUAUAGAGAAUAUUACUUUGGUACAUUUCAGAAUGGGUUUUUUUCAGAAAUGACAAGAAUAUUUGUAAAUAAUCACACGAUCUGUAAUUUUGGUUUAACUAUUCUUAUUAUAAAAUGUAUCUCUUUUAUGAAAAAACUCAUUGUUUCGGAACUUUUUUUUUGAAAAAAAGUUAUUGCUCACAUAAUACCAUCUAGAAUUAAUAAUAAAUUCGAUCUAAUCACAUUUCUCAUGUUCAUAUUAAACUUCUUGUGGAUAUAUUCCUAAUUUAACUGUGCUAUAAUACUUAGUCAAUAUAUUUCUAGUCAUUUCUAGUCAUAUUAACCUACCUAGUCAACCUCAUAGUCACAUAAUUUUAGUUUAGUUAAGAGAAUAAAAGUGUACUUUUAUUUUUAGGAAUUAUACUUUAAACAAUAACAAAAAUGAAAGAAAAA